AUGGAGAGGAUGCCAUUAAUAAGCUGCAUCUUGAUCAUCUUAAGCUUAAGCUUAAUCAGCACAGGUAAAGGUGAGCGUUUUUGGAAAAUUUCCCCCCCUGAAGCGCAGCCUGCAGAGCGCCUGUGGCGCGGAAAAUUGGGGGAAGCUUUGACGGGCCUCGUCAAUGCACGAAAAGGCAACAGCGUCAAAGGCGUCACAGAAUUGAAGAAAUAUUUGCAGAGCUUCGGAUAUCUUAGUCAUGAAAUCCACAAUUUCACGGAUUCGUAUGACGCAAGAGUCGAAUCUGCAGUAAAGCUUUACCAGCGCAGCUUCGGGCUACCUGAGACGGGAAAUCUCGACGCUCAAACCCUGACGCAGAUAUCGACGCCGCGGUGUGGCGUCGCAGAUUUAAUUGACGGCAGUUCCGUGACGCCGAGAUUAAAACACUUUACUUUCUUCCAUGGAACCCCAAGAUGGCCCCGGCGCAAGCGAAAUCUUUCGUAUGCGUUCUCUCCGCUGGAUAAAUCCCUCGGAAUCGAUGAAUUCCAGCUCAGGACUUUGCUUGCCAGGGCUUUCCACCGCUGGUCUAGGGUUAUUCCUGUGACCUUUACUGCAACGGAGGAUUUUGAGUCUGCUGAUGUCAAAAUUGGAUUCUUUAGUGGAAAUCACGGGGAUUCUCAGGCUUUUGAUGGACCGCUGGGGACUUUAGGGCAUGCUUUUUGUCCGCAGAAUGGAAGACUCCAUUUGGAUGCAGAAGAGCAGUGGAGUUUGAAUCUGGAAGAAGAUAAGGCCGCCAUUGAUGCAAUUGAUUUGGAAUCCAUUUGCACUCAUGAAAUCGGGCAUGUUUUAGGGCUUGGCCAUUCUUCUUUGAAGACCACUGUCAUGUACCCCUUCAUUCAUCCGCGGACUCGAAAGGUGGACCUCACUGCAGAUGAUGUGUCUGGUGCGCAAGCUCUCUACGGUAUUAAUCCCCAUUACAGUGGAGGAUUGCACCAGGCUUUUGAUGGAUUCUCUCUGUUUUUUGCCGUCCUUUCGUCUUUAUUUUCAUGGGGGUUAUUUAUAUUGUUGUAA